GUUCGUGGUCGGCCUCGACAAGCCCCGCCAGGUCGCCCUCGCCCACCAACGGCGGCGGGGGCGGCAGCGGCUUCCACCGGUACAACUCCCGGUACGGCCCGCUGCGGUCGUCGAGGAGGGGCGCCGCCUACGGAACCACCAGUCUGUGCCAAAGGUCAAGGUCGCCCAGCCCUACGCACCCCGUCUCGCACCACCAGGGACCUCCGUUUAUAGUGUGCACCGCCCAAAAUAUUAACCGCACAAGCCCGCCUUCUCGUAUUACAGCCGGUGCUGUGGUAGGUAUCCCGAUGCAACAGAGCGCCGCUCACAAGGGCUCGAUGCAGCACAGCCACCCGCUCUUGGGCGGUAGGCGGGGUCAAGGUCGAAGGCUACCGCCCACACCCUGCAAACCGUCCACGCUCCAGUUGAAGCCGGGGACGAUCAAUUUUCCGAAAUUGAACGCCAGUCCGACGCAUAUGCAGUCCCAUUCGGCCCACGCCACGCCCCACUCCUACCCUCACAGUUUUCCCAGGGAUAGGGAACCGCUGAGGGAUUUCGUCGCGCCCCCCGUAGCCGCGCCCCUCUCCGGCCCGGCCAAUCCGAUGUCCGGUCACAACAGGGGCGGAGCUACCAUAGGAGAUAACGCGCAGGCGCCGCUCAGCUUCGAGCAAGCCGUGCAGUUGGGAAGAGGGGGCAGGAUGCUGCCCAGUCCGGUGCCUAACGGGUACAAACCCAAACCGUCAAGGUCUCGUCAUUCCGAUUCCGACGACGACGACUGGUGCUAGCAGAAACUGAAUACUCUGUAAAAGAGUAAAAACCGUGCGCGAUCGUCUUCUGUUAUUCUUAUUUAGUGUGCGUGACGUAGCAGUGUAUAAACCUUAAACAAAAUCUUCAAACUAGUUCAAAAUAUGUCUCGAUUUUUAAUGGUUACCGCCAUACAACAGCUUGGCUUCCGAGAUAAACUACUACAAUUUUACUCUAUUCAACUUACUUAAAGGCAAAGGCACUAGUUUAUCUUGAACUACCGGGUACGUUGUAUGAUUAAACGCGGAUUGUUGUAAAUUUCAAGAACGGUGAAAAAUUGCGACACCUAUUUUGGCCAAUAAGGAAUUGAUUAUCUACGCCUUAUAAGUGAAAAAUGCCAGCUCUGCAGACCGAACAAGACUCUGCUUUUUAAUGCUCAAGAAAAGGCAAAUUGGCAUCUC